AUGGGAAUGAUAGUCCGGAAGCAUGUUCCAUGACUGUCGGAAACUACAUUUCCCGGGGAGCUAGCGGCACUCGGAGGCCGAAGUCCAGCCUUCGUGCCCGACGCCCGGCCCCAGGGGGACCUCCGCGCGCUUUCCCCGGGCCUGCCACUCCCCCAGAUGUGCUCGGAUUCGACCUCCGGGCGUCCGCGGGCCCGAGGGAAGCCCAACAUAUGCAGCCAGCUGAGCAGAAGGGCCCAGGGCUUUUUCUCUAACGAUGCAGGGAUGGUCCAAAGGACAAACUUGGGGAUCCUGAGGAAGCUGGUGUGCCAGAAAAGCACUAAAUUCAAGAAUGUUUGGACAACUCAUUCUAAAUCACCAAUUGCCUAUGAGAGAGGAAGAAUAUAUUUUGACAAUUACCGGUGCUGUGUCAGCAGUGUUGCAGCAGAGCCAAGAAAGCGUUAUGAGAUGCCAAAGUGUUCUAAAUCAGAAAAAAUAGAGGACGCUUUAUUGUGGGAGUGCCCUGUGGGGGACAUACUGCCCAAUCCAUCAGAUUACAGAUCGUCCCUCAUAGCACUCACUGCUCAUAACUGGCUACUUCGUAUAUCUGCAAAUAAUGGAGAAGUACUAGAGAAAGUUUAUCUUGCUUCUUAUUGCAAAUUCAGAUAUUUGAACUGGGACACUCCCCAAGAGGUCAUUGUUGUCAAAUCUGCUCAGAGCAAAGCCACAGCUCUUGCCCGCCAGGCGGGCAUUCAACCGUCUGUGCUGUUGUACUUUGCUGUAUUUCGAGUCAUACCUCUCUCACUUAUAGGAAUGCUGGAGAUCAAUAAGAAAAUUUUUGGAAAUGGUGUCACAGAUGCUACGAUUUCUCAUGGAAUGCUGAUUGUGAUGCAUAACUCAGGACUGAUCAGACUCUAUAGCUUCCAGGCCAUCACUGAACAGUUCAUGCAGCAGAAACUUGACCUGGGGCGCACAUGCAGAUGGGGUGGGACAUCUGGGAUAGUUGGAGAGUCACCUUUUGGCAUUCCUUGUAAUAUUAAAAUCACAGAUACACCUCCACUCCUCUUUGAAGUAUCUUCCCUGGAGAACACGUUUCAGAUUGGAGGCUAUCCUUGGCACUACAUCAUCACCCCUAACAAGAAGAAACAGAAAGGCGUCUUCCAUAUUUGCGCACUGAAAGAUCAUUCCUUGGCAAAAAAUGGGAUCCAAGAAAUGAACUGUUGUUCGCUAGAAUCUGACUGGAUAUAUUUCCAUCCUGAUGCCUCUGGGAGAAUAAUUCAUGUGGGUCCAAAUCAGGUCAAAAUCUUGAAGCUAAAAGAAAUAGAAAAUAACAAGAUUCAACAUCAAGUUGCUGAGGAUUUUGUCAUUGUAGCUGACAGAGAGGAAAAAACCAAAGGCUUAUUAACUGUUACAGCCUCUGGACGAGUGGUGAAGAGACGUUUUAAUCUGUUGGAUGAUGACCCAGAACAAGAGACUUUCAAAAUUGUGGACUAUGAAGAUGAGUUGGAUUUGCUCUCAGUGGUGGCAGUCACUCAACUGGACACUGAAGGGAAAGCUCACCUGGAUUUCCACUGUAACGAACAUGGGACAUUACUCAAGAGCAUUCCAUUAGUGGAGUCGUGGGAUGUGACAUACAGCCAUGAAGUUUACUUCGACAGAGACUUAGUUUUGCACAUAGAACAGAAACCCAACAGAGUCUUCAGUUGCUAUGUUUACCAGAUGGUAUGUGAUGCUGUGGAAGAGGAUGAGAAAUGA